AUGCCGGAGCUGAAGCGACCUCGAGGACCACGAGAGGAGGCCCACUUUCCCUCUCUCUGGGGAUGGAACCGUCUGCUUCGGAAGUUGCUCUAUGUCAUGCAAGGGCUCAACGUGUUGCUCGAGAACCUGAUGAAGCGGCCGACGGAGGCCCGCGACCUACAUCCUCCUCGCCAUCGAUUACCCGAUCCGGAAGAAGAACGAGCGCCUGCGCCCCGAACUCCGACCAGGACCACCAGCGAAGCCUCAUGGGAGAGAAUGAGCUUGAAUUCAGAGCUCCUUCAAGCCAGUCCCGGGUCCUCCCAGGGAGAUGUGACUCAGCUGCUCGAAGAGAUGAAGGAGAUCGUUGGACCACCGCCCAAAUGCGGUCAUGGACGUCUAUGCCGACUAUUCCUGAGUCGCACGGCGAAGAACAACCGCCGUCUCUUCUGGAGGUGCCCGAUGGAUCGACAAGGACAGUGCUCCACCUUCCAGUGGUGCAAUCGGCAACCACUCCGUCCGGAUCUCGAUCACCUGGAGGAGCCUUCACCACAACCGAUGAGGAGGGGAGCCCCAUCGUCGUCCACCACACCGCAGGUACCACCACUACCCCGACGCUGCCCGCAUCGGAACAUCAGCCGAGCGGGGACCAAUGCCUUCAAGAUCAUGGAGAAGUGUCUGGACUGCAACCGGACCCUAGUGGACGAGCCAACCCCUCUGGGAAUGGAAAAGGCACAGAAGCGCCGGGAACAGAAGGACCAAAAGUCCCUCUACAUCACUCGACUGACUCGCCAACAUCCGGGAGCUCAGUACCAAGAGGGAUACCCUCCGCCUCGCUACCCGAUCUACCAGGAGGACAUGAACAAUCUCACUCCGGCAAUGGCCCACCGCCUGCAGCAGUACCCUACAGCUCUGGUAGACCACAUCCUUAAGGCUUAUAAGGCCUCCAUCUCCUACACCGAGGAGCUCUAUGUCUCCCACACCGACGACCUCUUCCAGGAGAGCUACCAAGUGGACCGACUCAUGGAGAUCAUGGAGAAGAUGAAAUACCGGAAGAAGACCAUCAUGCUGAACGACCUCUACCUCUUGAACGACCAGGCCAUCUAUUGUGACCUUGGAAAAGAGUUCAAAGGACACUUCGAGCUCAUGGCGGACCAGAACGACAUCUACCUGGACCCAGGAUCCUUAGAGAUGCCAACUCAAAGAGCCAUCACGGAACGAGCUGGUAGAAGCUUUAAAGAAGUCCUGUCGAAAACACUAAUGGAAGCAGGUUGCUCAUCUUGGGACGAGUGGCACCUCAUCGUGGACGAGGUCAACGCUACCAUGAACCGCCUGUCCAACAAAUCCGGCUUCAGCCCCAUUCAACGGAUGCUUGGUUACAGUCCCAGACUUCCAGGAGGCAUCUUUCAAGGAGGUGAAGGUAGCAUUGGAGUGAUGUCCCGUUAUCACGCAGGUGAUGCACAAGUUCAACGAUCCACAGACAUUCGAACCCAAGCCGCUGUUGCAUUCCAUCAAGUCGAGUGCGAACAAGCCUUGAAACACUCGGUCUAUGCAGGCCCCAAACGGUUCUACGACUAUGAGGUGGGUCAAACGGUCUACUUCUGGAGAAAGGGAAUGGAACGACAGAAGAAGGACUCGCCAGCCUUUUGGCAUGGGCCUGGCAAGGUCAUCCUCACGGACCUCCCGAACACAAUAUGGGUCAGCUAUAGAGGAACUCUCGUGAAAGCAGCUCCCGAACACCUUCGUCCCAUAACCAAUGACGAAAAGUUCCAGUUCAUGGACUUCUUGACCGACAUUGUCAACACCCAGAAGGAGAUCCAGAACCACAAGAUUAGAAACUAUAUCAUCCUCGAUGAGAAGCCCCCGGCCAUCGAGAAUGCACCCUUACCAGAACAAGAAGAAGAUCGUGAUCGACCUGACGAAGAGGAACCACCACCACCAAAGAAACCUCGGUACCGAAUUGAAGGAAAAACAGCAGAGACCGAGGUCGAGUUCAAACCGGAAGAAAGGGAACCAGCCUUGGAGGGAGAUCUCGACCAUCCGGAACCUAUGUCUAUGUCGCCCAGGAUGGAUGACUACACACCUACCGAACCAGGUGACCAAGAUCCCCACGAAGAGCGUGAGAGAAGGAUGAUUGAAGAUGAGGACAACCACAAGGCCUCGGAGAGACCCACGUCACCACGGUCUACUCCAGUGAUCCGCGAGAGAGUGGAGGACCCUGAACCACCAGUCAAACGAAUCAGGACAGAAGCUCUGGAACUACUGUAUCAAGAACUCGUCCGGCUUCGACCACAAAAGGGCAAGGAGAUUGUACUCAACAAGCUCCCCGCCAAGAAGAAAGAGAAAUUUCUCAAGGCCAUCCUCAAGGAGGUGACCAACAACCUGAGCUCAGGUACCACCACCUUCUUCAAGUCCAAGGACAAGAAGGUCACGAACCAACCCCUGUCUGAACGAUUCCUCCAACUGGCUAAGAAACACAGUCAAGGAGGAUACCUCCUUUUCUACUACCACCAGGAUCUAGAAACCUCUGACCACAAGCAGGACAUCACGAUUGCUGGUUGGAAGAGCUAUAAGCUCAAACGCUGCACAGUGAACACCCUGUCGGCAGAGUGCCAAUCGAUGCUUCAGGGCAUCGGCAACCUCCACUGGCAUCGCUUCUUGCUGGCCGAGCUGUUCGAUGUCAAUCUUCAGAUUGAUAAAUGGGAGUCACAGCUGGCCAGCUUUCCUUUUGUUGCAGCCACAGACUCAAAGUCCCUCUACGACACGAUGACCAAGUGUCGCAACACCUCAGCACACAUAGAUGACAAGCGCACUGGCAUCGACCUCACCAUCCUCAAGAGACGAGUGGAACAGCUCCAUCCCUACAAGCUACGACGUCGGGUUCCACUGUUGCGCUUCACGGUGGUAUACAUGGCCUUCGCAAACACGUCGGCCUUGGCCUCCAGCACCUGCCGCACGCAGCCGCCUGGGCGGAGGCCUGCGAAGCCGGCUUUUUUCCGCGAGGCGGGUGAGAGCGAGUGUGCAGACGUGUGCAGGGCCAUCAAGACCACCGACAAGAAGGGCAUCUACCUAGCUGAACAUGUUGAUGACAGCUUGGAUACUCCUGAAAUCGAUGAAGCGGACUCUGAGUACGAGGUGCUCAUGGCUGCCGCCGAAGAGCUCGGCCUUGACCCAGCGACCUCAGCACCUGAUGAGGAGAUCUUUGAGGAGUCCGAUGCCAAGGAGAUCCUUGCCACCAUGGUUCGUGACCACGUUCAAGGAAAAGGUCGUGGCAAGUCGGGAGGCAAGAGGACCUUCCAGCAGGCGGGAGCAUCCAAAGAAGUUCAACUCCUGGAAUCCGAUGAAGCCCUUUUCAUCCAUUUCCUCGAGAUGCACCAGCAACAGAAACGCAGCCGAGCCAUGGAGCAGAAGCGGGACUCGAUUCCGCAGUGGCGUCGAUUGGCCCUACGACUUCUGCUGAUGAUCCGCCAAAUGAUGAUCUCCCUGGUCUCCAAUCGGCUUCACAUGUCAGGACCUCCGGGAAUGAGAACUCGUCUGGUGGUCAACGAGCUGGAGAACAUGAGCGAGUCCGACCUGGAAGUAUCACAAGAACAUCUACAGGAAGAACUGGAGCAACGCAGACUGGAGGAUUUCUCCCUAGUCAGUGGCGGAAAGGGCAAGAAGACACAGGGCUACAUCCCAGAACCGGCAGCUCCAAAAACUCCGGAGCGGCCCAAGUGGGAACCUCCAUCUCCGGUGAUGUCACCGAGUAUGGACAGCAAUCAACGACCUCCUCUAUGCCAUUGUCAUCUGACGACCACACUCCAGAUCUCCAGGAAGGAGGGGUACCACUUUCAUCGGCAGUUCUGGACAUGCCCACGCUGGGAAACCACCAAGUCUUGCGGCUUCUUCAUGUGGACCAAGGACCAACCAUUUUGGAGUCCCAGUCCGAACAAGAAGGGAGUCAUUCCCUUGCUACCCACGGCCGAUCCGCAGACAGCCAAGUAUCCCAUGCAAAUGGAUCCAAAGAUCUGUCCUCACUACAACGUGACCAAGGCCGGCAGCAAUGGAUGGAUCGAGCAAACUCGCUGCAUCGACUGUCAAACCAUCCUGGAGCGCAAACAGCGCACCAAGCCGGCGUCAGCUGCCAGCUCACACCAGGACAGUGCGAUUCCUGGGGAUCAACAAGCAUGGGAAGAAUUUCAAGAGUUCAAGCAGUUCUGCCAGAUGCAGCGCCGCCGCCAGAUAUUUGAUCUGACUCUUGGAGAUGAUCUUCUUUCUAAGCAGUCACAAGAAUCAGCACAACGAUACCCUCCGGGGCUCGUGAACACGAUUCUCAAGAGCUAUGCCCAGUCGAUCAACCGUCCAGAAAAGGAACUGUACUUCAUUCUGGCUGCUGAUAUCAUCAGCUUGGAUCGGCAGGUCGAUGAACACUACUACACCUCCGAAGAAACUGCAGAGAUCUUUGCGGAAGGCGAGGAUCUGAUCCCAGCCUUAGAUGCUCCUUUCUAUGGCUCUCAAGAGAACGAGUUCACAAUUCAAGCCAAAGAACAUCUACCUGAAGGAGAUUGGAAGUUCUGGACCCGAACUGAUCUCCAAGCCGACAAAUACCAAACCACAAAAGGAGAUGGCCCACACUUCAACCUGGUGGACUACAGGCUGACCUUUAACUUGGAAACGAAGGAACUGAUCAAGCUGGAAUCUGUGAGCGACCUGAAUUCCGAGGACCUCGAGAAGGCACUGGAAUCCGAGAACCAAAACAUCGAGGAAACCAUGACCUUGUCAUCAUGGUUAGAGGGGUUGACUGAGCUUCGGGAUCAACUUCGUCGUCCCGAUAUUCGUGGUUUGAUCGAUUUAAGUGAAGAGGCACCUCCGACUCAAGAUGAAUUAGGAGAGUUCGAGCGAAAACAGCUAUCGGCGAAUAUGCCGAGCGCUCUGCCGAUCCGCCUGGCGAACAACCAGCUCCAGAAUCUGGCGCAGUCCUGCCACCGCCUGGAUUGGUCCGUGCGGUGA